UUGUUCACCUAAUGUUUAUCCAUAUCUUCAUUUGAAAUUUCUCGUAGUUCCUGUAAUUAUGAAUGUAGAAUCUUGAUUCUGACAUGGGAUUAGUAAUAUCUGUACAGGUUCAGUUCCCUCUUGUAGCUUGGAAUAUGUUCCAGGACUACGGAACCCUCAGAUCCUACACCACCCUUAUAUAAAAGAAUCUAUAUGUGAUUGGAUAUAGUUAUAACUAAGUACUAGCUAGUACAUUUGUGGAUCUCCAGCUGAGAAUCAUGCUCAAGUUAAGUAUUCCUAGAAGUAGUAUUUCCAGAUCUGCACUAUCAAAGUGCUUGUUUCUGGUAACCUGUGUGCUCGUGGUUAGUAGUCCUCCAGAAGAUCCCAUAAGAUGUAUAGCAUCAAACAAUCUGUCAAAUUGCACUAUUACAAACUCCUAUGGCGCUUUUCCUGACCGGAGUACUUGUCAGGCAGCUGAUGUUGCUUACCCUACAACAGAGGAAGAGCUUGUCUCAAUAGUGGCCUUAGCAACAAAGACGAAGAGGAAAAUGAAGGUGGCAACGCGCUUUUCCCACAGUAUUCCCAAGUUGGUUUGUGCUGAUGGGGAGGAAGGCUUGCUCAUAAGCACCAAGUAUCUCAACCAUACGUUACAGAUUGAUGAAUCGAGUGGGACAAUGAAAGUCCAAAGUGGUGUAACCUUAAGGCAGCUGAUUGAAGAAGCCGCCAAGGCAGGGCUAGCACUGCCAUAUGCACCAUACUGGUGGGGACUAACCAUUGGUGGAAUGAUGGGCACUGGUGCUCAUGGCAGCACCCUCUGGGGCAAGGGUAGUUCUGUUCAUGAUUAUGUUGUUCAGGUACGCAUAGUUACUCCAGCUGGACGCGAUGAUGGCUAUGCAAAGGUUCGGACUCUUGAUGAUCAUAAUCAACUUGAGUUUAACGCCGCUAAGGUGUCCCUAGGAGUUCUCGGUGUUAUUUCUGAGGUUACUCUGAAACUAGAACCGCUAUUCAAAAGAUCUAUCACCUACAUAGAGAAGAAUGAUUCGGAUUUAGCAGAACAAGUUAGCAAGUUCGGGAAGCAGCAUGAAUUUGCAGACCUGACAUGGUACCCGAGUCAACGUAAGACCAUUUACAGGAAGGAUGAUCGAGUUUCCUCCAACACCACUGGUGAUGCCUGGCUUGACUUCCCAGGUUUUCGAUCCACCCCCUCUGCUAUACUUGCCAUUUUACGGCUAACAGAGGACACUGAAGAAGCCACAGCUUCUGCAGAUGCAAAAUGCACCAGCGCGGAGCUAACAGCAUCUGCACUUAAGCUUCUUGGUUAUGGGCUUACAAAUAAUGGUAUACUCUUUACAGGGUUCCCUGUAGUCGGAUACCACAACCGCCUCCAAGCAUCAGGAAGCUGCCUCGAUAGCCCUGAAGAUGCACUGAUCACCGCGUGUCCAUGGGACCCUCGAAUCAAGGGUCUGUUCUUUCACCAAACCACCUUCAGCAUUGCCUUAUCCAAGGUCCCUGGUUUCAUACGAGACGUCCAGAAGCUGGUAGAUUUAGCACCAAAGUCCCUAUGCGGCGCUGAAAUGUACAAUGGCAUCCUAAUGAGAUAUGUAACCAGCUCAACUGCUCAUUUAGGAAAACAAGAAGAUGCACUAGACUUCGAUAUCACCUAUUACAGAAGCAAGGACCCCCUCGAGCCUAGGCUCUACGAAGACAUCCUCGAGGAGAUAGAGCAACUUGGAAUGUUCAAAUACGGAGGACUACCUCACUGGGGGAAAAAUAGGAAUGUAGCAUUUCACAAGGCCAUCGAAAAAUACGAAAGGGCAGCAGAAUUCAUAAGGGUCAAGGAAAUGUAUGAUCCCCAAGGACUAUUUUCUAGUUCUUGGAGUGACCAAGUUUUGGGUUUGAAAGAUGGACUAAUGAUAUUCCAAGAAGGAUGUGCAUUGGAAGGUUUGUGCAUAUGUUCAGAAGACGGCCAUUGUGCACCAGAUAAGGGGUACUUGUGUCAGAAAGGCAAAGUGUACAAGGAUGCCAGAGUUUGUGCGUUAGCAAAUUCUUAGACAAACUACAAAGAACCUCAUUAUGUAACUAAAGUACAUUAUGUGUGAAGAAUCUACUAUAUUUUAGAUUUAAAGGUAAUUUGAUGAUUUUAUUUGUAAUGAUUUAUUACAUAAUCGU